AUGUGGUGUUCAUUCUUUCUGCUGGUGGUGCUAACUGGGUGUGUAGACCCAGUCACAGGGUUCAGUAAUGGGAAAGUGAGCAUUGCCUGUGGAGACAUGGUCCCUCAACAUGGUCAUGAUCCCAGCCCUGACCCUCCUCCAUACAGCAUCACUGUGGAUAGAUUGACAUUCAGUCCUGGAGACAAGAUCAUAGUAUCCUUACAAGUGGCCUCCUCUAAACACGCGUUCUUCAAGGGGUUCCUGAUGGAAGCUCGGGAUGCUGGGAAACUUGACUCUCCAGCAGUGGGGCUCUUCAUCCUGACUGACCUGCAUGAGUCCCAGCUGCUACAAUGUGGCCACACUAAGGGAUCUGGGGUGAGCCACCGAAGAAGCUCCAAAAAGACUCAAGUUAAGGCAGUGUGGGAGUCUCCUAAAAACCCUCCAGAAAAAGUGCAGUUUCUUGUGACUGUAGUGCAUGAGAAAAAGGUGUACUGGGUGAGGAUUGCAGGUCCUGUGGUGUCUCUGAGAGGAGCGACUGCUGUUCCAACCACUGCUGAAACCACCAGCCCUGCUACUCUUUCCACAUCGUUUAGUUCAAAGGGUUGUGGCGACACUAAGUCUUGCCUCAGGGAGCCGCUGGGCUGUGACCCAGAGUCCCAUCCCCGCUGUUUCUUCCUGUCAUUUACCACCGAUGAAGAAGAGAGGAGUGUGAUGUUUGAACUGAGUGGGCCUGCAGAAGGUUACGUGUCCUUCGCUCUGUCACUGGACAAAUGGAUGGGGAAUGAUGACCUCUAUGUGUGUGUGAAGGAUGGAAGCAGAAUCACCAUCAGUGCUGCGUAUAUCUCUGGACGAACAUACCCUGAGCUGACAACAGAGGAUGCUCUGAGAGGCCGAGCCUGGAGACUGGCUGAUGGAGUCAUCCAGUGCAGUUUCCAUAGAAAAACCCUCCUUCCUCAGUUGGGGAACAGGUUUAAUUUAAACCAGAGCUACUUCCUGUUUCUGGCACAUGGUAGAUCUCACCAGGGUCUUAUCUACAAACAUGAUCAGCAGCCUCUCAUCUCCACCCAUCAGAAAUUGAUCAGUGGACCUGCAGAGGAUCUCAGUGGAUCCCGUUCCCCUCUACUGAUCAAGCUCCAUGGUCUGUUAAUGCUGACAGCAUGGAUGUGGACAGUGAGCACAGCUGUCUUCAUUUCUCGCCACUACAAACACCUCUGGCCUGAAAAGACUCUGCUAGGACACCGGCUCUGGUUUCAGCUCCAUCGAAACAUGAUGGUCUUGGCUGUGGUCCUAACUGUUGUGGCCUUCACUCUGCCUUUUAUGUACAGGAGAGGAUGGAGCAAGCAUGCAGGCUCUCAUCCUUACAUAGGCUGCACUGUCAUUGCUCUCUCUGUCCUCCAGCCAAUUAUGGCAAUGCUCCGACCGGCCCCAGGGUCCCCCCGGAGGAUCAUCUUCAACUGGACACACUUUGGAAUAGGCACUGUGACCCAGAUACUGGCUGUGGUGUGUGUGUUCCUGGGUACUGGUCAACAGGCUCUGCUGUUACCCAGCCCCUGGUCUCCUGUAGUGCUGACUGGAUGGCUGCUGUGGAUAGUGCUGGCAGACCUGCUGCUACUAACCCAUACCUACACACUCAGGAGUAAAGGAAAAAGCAACAGUGAAGACAAAGAGAACAUUUUGUCAGCUCAGUUACAGAGGCAGCAGCACGGAGAGAUUUCAAAACUGAAGAAGAUGGUGUUAGUGGUGUUCCUGAUAGGAAACACAAGCUUCCUGGCUGCAUUUAUAAAAGCUAUUAUCUGUGUGUAA